GAAGCGAUGAAAAUGAAUGAUUCCAUGGAUGGAGGAAUGGAUAAUCCUAUACCUGAAGGUAUGGGUAGCGGAAUCGGUGGUGGAAUCGGUGGCGGAAUGGGUGGCGGAAUGGGUAGCAGCAUGGGUGGCGGCAUGGGUGGCGGCAUGGGUGGCGGCAUGGGUGGCGGCAUGGGUGGUGGCAUGGGCAUGGGUCGCGGAGGUGCAAUGCGAGGAGCACGAGGAGGUGGUCGAGGUGGUGGCGAUAGAAAUAUGGCCACUAGAUCACAAGAUGAUCGAUUGAUGGAGCGUGUCAUGGCUAUCAGUGGACCAACUCAUGAGCUUCCACCACAAGAUACGACAGAAAAGAAGUUUAGUGGCCGAAAUCGUUUGUAUGUCGGAAAUUUGACGAAUGAUGUGACUGAGGAAGAGAUACAGACUUUGUUUCAAAAGUAUGGGGAAAUAUCUGAAUUGUUUGUAAACAAAGAGAAAAGUUUUGCUUUUCUCAGAAUGGAUUAUAAAGCAAAUGCCGAUACAGCUAAACGCGAAUUAGAUGGUUCGAUGCGUAAAGGUCGUGCUUUGAAGGUACGCUUUGCCCCUCAUUCAUCUACAAUCAAGGUAAAGAACCUCACAGCAUGGACUUCCAAUGAACUUCUCGAAAGAGCUUUUAGCGUAUUCGGCGAAAUUGAGCGUGCAAUCGUUAAGGUUGAUGACAGAGGUAAAACUACUGGCGAGGGAAUUGUCGAAUUUUGUCGGAAACCAUCUGCUCAAUUAGCUCUAAGGAAAUGCACAGAGGGUUGUUAUUUUAUCACAGCUUCUCUUCGACCAGUAGUUGUGGAGCCAUUUGAGCAACAAGAUGAUGUAGAUGGUUAUCCUGAUAAAAAUUUGCCACGUAAGAAUCCGGAAUUCUUUAAAGCACGUGAGAUUGGACCGCGUUUUGCGCAAUUAGGCAGUUUUGAGCACGAGUAUGGUACAAGAUGGAAGCAAUUACACGAAUUAUACAAGCAGAAGGAAGAAGCACUUAAACGUGAAAUGGCAAUGGAGGAAGAAAAACUGGAAGCCCAAAUGGAAUUCGCCAGAUAUGAACAUGAGACAGAACUUCUGAGAGAACAAUUGCGUAUGCGCGAGGCGGACCGUGAAAGACAGAAGAGAGAAUGGGAAAUGAAGGAGCGACAAGCGGAGGAGCAGAGGACUCGCGAAGAAGAAUUAAGACGACGUCAACAAGAAGAGAUGGCAAUACGUAUCAGAAGACAGGAAGAAGAAUUGCAUAGACGUCAACAGGAAAAUAAUUUAUUUAUGCAGGAACAAGCAAUCCGUAGUGGUGGUGGCAAAAGUUAUGAUUCUGUCAGUAAUAAUGAUCGUGAUGGAUACGGGCAACCUGAUGGUGGAAGCGGCAUGCCAGUGGAUCCGAAGUCAUUUAUGGACGCGUACAAUAUGGAUCGCGGUAAUCGAGGGGGUUAUAACGAUGACCGCGGACAAAUAAUGGAUUUAAUGGAUAUGAGGGUUGACAUGGGUAAUAUGGGUGGUGGACGUGGAGGUAGUGGUGGUAGUGGACGUUGGCAAGGAAAUGAUCGGAAUCGUCCGGAUGAUUAUCCCACCAAACGCCGACGAUAUUAGAUAUACGCAGUACAAAAUUUUACGCUGAUUUCUUAACACGCUACAUUGUCGUACUAUGUCCUUCGUUCAUUCCUCUCUUUUGUAUUAUUUAUCUAUCUUGAUAAUCAACGAGGAAAUGCGGAAGGAGUAUUGAGAAAAUUCAAUAUGAUCACGAUUGGACAUCGAUGGUAUUAUACUGAUUUGAAAAAUUGACUUGUGAAUGAACGGUGCAUGAGAAUUUGGAUUUAGAUAUUGAUGUUUUGAUACUUUGACAGAUUCUGUGUCCUCCAGAUGAUAUUUCUUCUUUUGAACGUGUAUUCUGAUUAAAUAUCAACAAUAUUAAUAUUAUUAAAAAAAGUAACGUCAUCAGUUUUAGAAAUCUGCUUUAAAUUGCUGUUUCUACAUUGAGAUUUAUGCAAAAACAUUAGCAAUGAAAAGUAACAUUUAAUGUAUACUUUAUUAUUGGACACAAUUUAUUCCGCAGUUUCAACUUAAAUUAUCACAUAAAAUUUAUCAUUAAUUCGAAGCUUACUUCAUAAUUAAUGAAUGUCUCUUACAUUUAUGAUAGACAUGAAUGAGAUGUGAUUAAUAUGUUCAUAAAUAUUAGAUAAAAAAUCAUCAAUAAUAUGAAUUUUUGUAUAUUUAUAUCACAAAUGUCAGAUGCAUAUGUUUACUACGAAGUAAGAUUCGACGUUACAAUUUAUUUAAAAAUCUUGGAAAAAAUGUAAAUAAGAUAACAACAUAACUUCCUAACUUUUUGUUCAAUAGUAUGUUAUUUUUGUUCCGAAUUACUAUUACUUUAUUAAAUCGUUCAUUUUAAA